AUGGCGUCACCAAACAGCGCUAGCUCGCGCACUGAUCCCCGAACCAAAUUGCGCGGCUCCUCGCCGCCUCGGCGCCCUCCGCUGAUCACGGCACUAGGCGAAACAAUCUGUCCUUUCCCCCGCGCCAAGGGUGCGCGCGGCCCCCUCGCGUGGCUGCACGGCGCGCUCUGCUCCCCGCAUCACGCGGCGGCGCUGUUGCGAGCCCCCGCCGCCCUCUUCUUCCUGCUCCUCAUCGCCGCAUGGAUCUCGGGCGCCCUCCACUGGCCCUUGUUCUCCCUCCCCACCUUCGGCGCCGUCGAAAGCGCCGUAGGGCCGACUGAACUAGCUGUGGAAAUGGCGCGGCUGGAGGCGAUCGAGAGUCUUACCUCGAGACUGUCGACGGGAUCGGCGAAGCGGCGUGAUGACUUGGCAGCUGGAGGCGACGUGGAGAGAAGAGCGCCGCGAAAGAUGGGCGGGGGAAACGCACAUCCGACAACGAAGAGGGAUGAACGGGGGACGGUGAACGAAGAGUCGAGUGGAGGGGUGGUAGUGAAGAAACCGGACACGCAGCUCACGAAGCUGAAUGGCAAGGAAGUGGCGCAAGACACGGACUUGCUAGUAGAGCAGGAUACGUCAGCAGGAAAUGCACGUGGGUUGCGAAUAGGUGACGGAAUGGAGACAGAAGAGUGGCGGGAGGAUGCGAACGAAGGGGGCGAUGCGUCGGAUGCUCUCAAUGAAUCGAGUACUAGUGAGGCCGGCAGCGGAAAAGGCACGGGCCGAGAGGAGAGGACGAGCGAGGAAACCGUAGUUGAGACAAAGGUGAAGACGGGAGAGGCAAGAGAGGCAGGGGGAGGCCCGGGGGAGAAGAGAGGCGAGGAGGAUGAAGGGAGGCGGGGUGGUGGCAAUGACGACAGCGAGGAGGACACAGGCGGGGUGGAUCGCGAUCGACUCGAUCCAGCCACCCCUUUCACCCACGGCGAUGGCGCUAGUGCGGCUCUCAGCGGGAAUGAAGGCGAUUUCACUGCUGCUGUCCACGAUCCCCCCCCCACGGCAGCUGUUGAACAGGAUGCCGCAACCGACGUGUCGGAUCACUCCACGUCAUCACCUCCUUCCGACGAGAACGCGUCAUCAGAAUCGCCGAACGGGAACGACGACGUCUCGCAGGCGUCGCCAUCCGUAGCGCAGCCCUCAUGCGACGGCCGCCGUGUGUUCGUCUACUCGAUGCCGCCCGUCUUCAACGACGACAUCGUUCGCACGGCGUGCGACGACGACCCGCUGCUCGCAUGGCUCACCUGCGACGCCUUCCGCAACCGCGCGCAGGGUUCCCGCCUCCCCGCCAACCGCGACGGCGGGCGCGCGCUGAUCGCCGCGCUGCUGGCGGCGAAGAUGGAAAAAACGGCGCAGGCGCGCGGGGAGGGGAAAGCGGAAGACGCGGAAGCGGGGGAAUGGGCGUGGCUGCACCGAUGGUACAGCACGGAGCAACACCAGAUCGAAGCGCACUUCCGCACGCGCUUGGAGAACCACCCGUGCCGCACGCACGACGAUACAGAGGCUGACGUGAUCCUGGUGCCGGCUUAUAUGGGGUGGAACGCGUAUAAGAACACGCUUCACCCGGGCCACUUUCCGCACCCGGGUCUUGCGCUCAAGGAGUUUCUUCUCGGGCAGCCCGCGUUUCAGCGAACCAAGGGAGCGCGCCACGUGGUGGUGCUGGGGCGCGCGAUUUGGGACUUCGCCAAUCACCAUCAAGUGGACGACCCGCCGCAUUACAACGUUGUCUUCGUUCCGGAGCUCGCUAAUGUCACAUUCCUUUCAGUCGAGCAGCCGCCUUAUCGAGAGAGCUACGCCACGCCUAUAUUCUCAGUACCGUACACCACCACUUUCCACCCCGCGUCGCUCACGGAAAUCAACCACUGGCUCGCGCUCGUCGCCGCGCGCCGCCGCCCGUUCCUCUUCUCCUACGUGGGCGGACGCCGCCCCUCGGGUACCACGAGCGGGCCGCUGCGCAAGGCGCUGAUCGCGCAGUGCGAGCGCGCGGGGAACGCGACGUGCCUGUGGAUGAAAUGCACGGGGGGCGACGAGGUGGGGCAGGAGCUGCCGCUCUUCACGGCGGCGGACGCGGCGGCGGACGCAGGGACCGCGCUGGGGGCGGCGGUGGAGGCGGUGGUGGGGAGCGCGGCGCCGCGGGACGCGGAGGGGGAGGACGUGGCGGAGUGGGUGCCGUCGGGAUGCUAUGACACGUGGCAGGUGGCGGUGGUGAUGCUGCAGAGCCGGUUCUGCCUUCAGCCGACAGGGGACAGCUCUGUUAGACGCUCCACGUUUGACUCGUUAUUAGCAGGCUGCAUUCCUGUGUUCUUUAAGGAGGAGAGCUUUAACAUGCAGUACCCGUGGCACUUCCCCGAAGACAGGAGCAGCAUCUCCGUGACGCUCGACGAGGCGCGCGUGCUGAACGGGACGGUUGACGUGGCAGCUGAGCUGGCGGCGAUCCCGGAGGAGCGUGUGGCGAGCAUGCAAGCGAGGAUCAGGGAGUUGGUGCCGCAGCUGCUGUAUCGCCACAUGGCAUUGCCGCGUGGCGGGGACAGGGGGGAGGGGAGGGUUGGGGGGAAUGCUGAGGGUGGUGCGGUGGAGAAUAAUGACGGGGAGUGGAAGGAUGCUUUUGAUGUGUCGUUUGACAGCCUUCAGGCAUGCGCAGCAGCACGCUGUGGUGUGGUGGCCUCCCCAUUGCUCACUGCCUGGAGUUGGAGCAGCAGAGUGGGGUGGCUGACAGGGGUGGAUGGGGAGCGGAGCAGCUGCGGGCGUGGCAUGUCAGAGAGGAGUUGGAUCGAAGCAGCCAAGGGGGCAGGGGACAAGGGGGCAGGGGACAAGGGGGGGAGCCACGGGGUGAGUGAGGAGAAGCACAGCAGCAGGCAUUCAGCGGAGGCAGCUCGCUUGGCAGGCACCAUAAAUGGGGGCCACAUGGCCAUGGGAUGGGUUAACUUUGACUGA